AUGGCAGCCACGAGUUACGAUAGCGUUGAGAAGACCUGGUCGGGUCCCAAAGACAAGGAGUACUAUGGCCCCGACAUGACACUGGGCGAGGUGGCGCUGCUCAUACUGAAGCUGCAUGCGGACAAUGUGAUGCAGAUCUUUGAUCCGACCGGCGAGACCCUGACCGGCGCCCAGCUGUACGAGCAGAGUCGUCGUCUGGCACACGCCUUUCAGCAUCUGAAGCUGCAUCGCGGCGACGUGGUGGGCAUAUCCGCCAAGAAUACCACCUAUCUAACCGAGGUGGUUAUUGCCGCCCUGCUAAGUGGCACGCCCAUAAACCCAUUGCACCCUGACUUUGAUAAGGAGACGGUCGCCUAUAUGUACGAGAUAACCAAGCCGAAGGUCAUCUUUUGCGAUCUGGACAACUAUGAGACCCUGGCGGCCGUCAAGAAGAGCUUGAAAUUCAAGACGGAACUCAUUUUGCUGAGCGGCAGUCUACCGGGUGUGCGUAAUAUCCAAGAUCUGCUGCAAGAUGGCUGCCAUGACUAUGACCCGAAAACGCUGUUUGCCUGCCCGCAUUUAAGCGGCGACGAUACGGCCUUCAUCAUCACCUCCUCGGGGGUAACCGGUCUGCCAAAGGGUGUCACGCGCUCGCAUCGCAGUCUGCUGAACAACACCAAAAUUCCACAGUUGUUCACCUCGGAGACGGUGGUCUUCUGCUUCAGCCCCUUGUACUGGGUCUCGUGCGUCUUCACGCUGCUCGUCUCGCUGGUGAAUGGCUGCAAGCGCGUGAUUACCAAUAAGCCCUUCAGCGUGGACUAUUUCGCCGAGCUGGUGGCGCGUCAUAAGGUCAGCUUUGUGCUGACCGUGCCGCAUCAAAUGGCGCUGCUGGCGAAGAGCCAACGCACGGAUCUGGCCAAGCAGCUGCAGUCGGUGCAAUCGUUUAUCUGCAGCGGCUCCAAGCUGCCAGUCGGCAUCUGGCGUCGCCUGUACGAGCUGCUGGGCAGCGACAGAUUUGCCGUGCUCUAUGGUCUCACGGAGAUCGGGGGCGUUAGCAAGAAUGUGGGCGGUCCGCUGGGCAGCGAGGGCAGGCUGUUGCGCAACGUUCAGGUGCGCAUUGUGGACGAGCAGGGCAAUGCGCUGGGCCCCAAUCAGACGGGCCACAUUCACGUACGCCUCAAUCAGCGCUGGGGCGGCUACUAUCGCAAUCCUCAGGACACGCAGACAACGGUUACGCCGGAUGGCCAGUGGCUGCUGACGGGUGAUCAUGGCUACUUUGACGACGAGGGCUGCCUGCACUUUCAGACCCGCGACACGGACGUCUUCAAGUACAACAACAUUCCCAUCUAUCCCAAGCAGAUCGAGGAUGUUAUCCUGCACUUGCCCGGCGUUCAUGAGGUGGCCAUCUUUGCUGUGCCCGACGAAAUAUCCACCAAUCUGACAGCCUGCGCUGUCGUGCGCGAACAGAACGAGGAGGGUCAGCAGCUCACCGCGGAGAAGAUCAGUGGCAUUGUGGCGGAGCAUUUGAGCGAGGCCUUUCAUCUACGUGGUGGGGUUUACUUUGUGGACGAACUGCCCAAGACCACAAAUAACAAAAUACAAAGGCGUCGCAUUCUGGCGGAAUUGAAGCAAAACUAUGGGGUCACGCAUUUGUAA